UCAGUGACUGGUCAUGCCCUAUUCUGUUGGCUGCAUAUGAGAUAUGACAGCCCGAGUCAAGAAAAUAAUUCCAAAGGAUAGCAAAGCAGUGCGGUGCCACUGUGUUCACUAACCACGUUCAGUAGGAAAUUUUUCUUUAUUGCAAAAAUAGAGGUCAGUUCCAGUUCAAGUCUAUUCCUCUUCUCUCCUUAAUUCAUCAGUUAUACUUCUUUGUGCACAGUGGAUUUUUAUUCACAUAAAUGCAUGUCUUGAAUUGUUGAAUAUGGUGACUUUUUGGUUCCCUUCCUCAUGUAUUAUAUAUUUGACCUUUGCAUGACCACUGUUGCAGAACAUCCCUCAGGAGUCGUGGCAAACAUCCUGGAGUGAUCAGUGGAUGGACAAGUCUUGCACAGGAUGCAAGCAGUACAUUGCACAUCAAUAUUGGGACCACAUGGAUACUCGGAAAAAGCGUUUCUUCAAGCCUAUGCUUGGCGAUUUCAGAAAUGGAGUGACCAUACCAGAGAAGUUUGUGCGCAGCAUCGGGGGACAGAUUUCUGAACUAGUCAAACUAGAAACCCCAGAUGGCAAUACACAUAAUGUUCAUGUUGCUAAUGAACUGAAUAAUCUGGUCCUUCGAUCCGGAUGGUCAAUAUUUGCCAGUGUUUAUGGACUUGAAGAGGGUGACUUCUUGAGGUUCAAAUACAAUGGAGACUCCCACUUCAAAGUUGAGAUAUAUGAUCCCACUGCUUGUGAGAAAGAAUCAUCCUGUGUUGUAAUGAAGCGCAAUCCUGGUCCCCAAAAACAGAGCAUACCUCGUGAUAAUCCAAUGCCCUCACCAGAGGGUGAAAGGCUGGAUACACGUCACAAUGGUUGCUACGGUGAUAGUUGGAAAACUACAAAGAUAAAUCCAGAAGGAUCUUCUCCACAGAAACGAGCCAAAAAAGAAGCCCCAUCUUCUGAAGGCAUUCAGAAUUCUAUGAAUUCAGGUGAAGUUCAGACUUCCACCAGGUCUCGCUAUUUCUCUGCGACCGAGUGCAAUCUGACUAAUGCACAUAAGGCAGAAGUCGACAAAAUUGUGCAGAAUGCAAGACGUGAGAUUCCACCGUAUGUGAAAACCAUGGCCAGUACCACUCUGGUUGGUGGAUUUCUGGUCAUAUGCAACGACUAUGCUAUCAAAUACCUACCACGUGAAGAUGAAAUCAUCACACUUUGUCAUGCCAACAAUAGCAACAAAUGGGGUGUUCAUUUCAAGAUUAACACUGAUGGUACCUACCACCUUUCUGCUGGUUGGUUGGGAUUUGUCCAGGACAACAAGUUGCAAGAAGGUGAUACUUGCGUAUUUGAAGUAUUAAAGGACCCGAGAAGUUUCACAAUGAAAGUUCAUCUGCUUAAAGCAAACUAUCACCGUCCACCAGGAUUUGUCAGUUCUGCCAACGUUCUUAGGCCUGAAGAUAAUGUGAGGUACUCACGAUUCACUGUUCUAAAGGGUAUGCUGAAGACUAAAGUCUAUGAGAAAGUAGCAGAUAUCAAGUCUGAGAACCCAAUUUUUGUGUCUGUCAUGCUGAAAUCCAAUAUUGGUGGCAACUCGCCCAAUCUGGCCUUCAGCAUGGAUUAUGCCAGAGAUUAUCUCCCUACUGAGAGCCAAAUUAUCAGGCUUCAUCGGCCUGGGGAAAGCACAACAUGGAAAACUUUGUUCAAGAUCCAUGAUGGAAGGCGUUGGCUUGUUAGAGGCUGGAGGCAAUUUUGCAAUGACAACAAACUGAAACUUCAUGAUGUGUGCCUCUUGGAACGCAUGAAGAACAAGAAGAAGCUCAGGAUGAUGGUCCAUAUCAUCCGAAAAGAAGAGUACUAAUGAUUUGUCCCCUUUGUGCCUAUGCUUAUGUAAUUGGGAAAUUUAGUAUUGUCAGUUGCUUAUGUGUUUGGGUUUCCCAUGAUCAAAUAACCUGUGACAAACUCAAACUCUCUGAAUGUCAUAGAAUAAACACCUGGAUAUGAUGAUACAUUGAUAGUUGCUGGUUA